AUGCCUGCCGAUAGCUCUCCAGUUUCAGGCCAUGGCCAAACUGUUUGUGUCACCGGAGCUGGAGGCUUCAUUGCUUCCUGGAUUGUCAAACUGUUGCUAGAAAGAGGCUACAUUGUUAGGGGAACCUUGAGAAACCCAGAUGACCCAAAGAAUGCUCAUUUGAGGGAGCUUCAAGGAGCUCAAGAUAGGUUGACUUUACGUAAAGCUGAUCUUCUUGACUUUGAGAGCCUUAAAGAAGCCAUCAACGGCUGUGAUGGCGUUUUUCACACAGCAUCACCGGUUACGGAUGACCCAGUGAGUUCUUUUUUGUCAUUGCUUCCUUACUUUGUUUCUUCCUUUUCCUGUUUGGUUGCUGAGAAAAUGCCGGAAAAUAUGCACACUUUUUCUCUUACGUGGAGGAAAAUAUGCACACUUUUUCGAUCAGUUUGUGGAUCCUUCAAACAAAACUAUUACGUGGUGGUUCUGGGUCAGAAACCACUUGCUUUUGUCGAUUGUGAUGUUGUGUACCUCCAAAAUUAA